AUGCCACAAUUUUACAAGGAAAUGGCUUCUUUGGAGCUUGUUGAUAUGUACGCCAACGAGGUGGUAUCAGUACCUGAUGAAGCUUUCAAAAAUUGUCCUAAUUUAAAAAGAGUUAACCUUGGCCAAAAUGUCAUUUCUUAUGUAUCACCCUCCGCAUUUGCUGGUACAAAGCUUGAGUUGGUUACCUUGCACCACAAUGAACUUACACAGGUUCCUGCACUUGAGGGUGUUAAGGACUCCAUCAAAUACCUAGGGCUUGAACAUAACAGCAUUUCAUCUAUGGGUAAAUAUAGCCUGGAACCUAUGACAUCACUGAUUCAUGUUAAUAUCAGCUAUAAUCCCAUUGAUCAUUUCGAGCAUGAUUGUUUUACAUCAUUACCGAAUCUGCGGUUCUUGGAGUUACUUUGGAUGGACAAUGCGAAUGGAGAGUUAGAAAUUCCGUUCCACUUCCUGAAUGGAGCUAAGAAACUAGAGCACCUCACUUUGGACUACUCUAACAAACUGUCUUUCUCAGGCAGAGCUGUUGAAGUUGUGCCAUCAUUGCUGGGAUUCUCCGCACGUGGCUGUGGAAUAAAGGGUCUGGACUUCAGGUCAUUUCAGGGAACAAGCAGCCUCACCAGACUAUGGCUUGAUUGGAACGAAGUGUCAAGUUUUCAGCAUGCGAUGUUCAUACAUGGUGACUUUUCUAAACUGGAUAAAUUGUAUCUCAACAACAACCAAAUUACGAAUAUUGAAUGGUUUAGUGAUGAAGAAUUUAUAGAUCGAACUCAAAUCGUUAAAAGAUCGAUGAAGUUUUUUAAUGAUACAAGUUUUAAUCUAAUGCCUGAUCUGACAAUUCUGUGUCUGGAGGCGAAUCGGAUAAAACAAAUCAAGAAUAACACAUUCAUUGGACUCGGAAAUCUGCAGGAACUUUAUCUUAGUGAUAAUAUACUUGACGAUGAUUCGAUUGAGGAUGAUGCUUUCAAGGGAUUGGAGAAACUACAAAUCUUGAUGUUGGAAGACAAUGACCUAAAAGCAGUACCAAAUGCAGUCUACUCCCUCAGAGGACUAGUCGAACUCAAUAUGAGGAGGAACAAGUUGACCUUUAUAUCCAGAGGAGACUUCACUACGCUGGAAAACUUGAGAUCCCUCGACUUAGCUCAAAAUAAGAUCCUUCUCAUCGAAAACAAGUCUUUCCCCUCAACGAUCACUGAUUUACGUCUAUCAAAUAACGAGUUUGACUUUGUUGAUGUGGAUAUAUUUCAUGAUCUAACAAACCUUCAGAAUCUUAUGUUGUCAUCUAAUAGGAUCUCCUGCCUGCCUAAAGAUAUUUUUUCAAAGAAUACAGCUUUAGAAAGCAUCUACCUUGACAACAAUUUCUUAAAAUUCAUCAAUUCUUCCCACUUUUCCAACAGCAAACUAUCGGGCAACAUAGUCCUCAACGGCAACCAGAUCGCUUUCAUAGGCGAAGGAAGUUUCUCUUCGGUUAAGAUAACAGGGAACGUUUUACUUCACAACAAUGAACUCUACGAUCUCCCAAGUGACGGUAUGUUCCAAAACAUGGAGGUCAGGAACCAGAUACGUCUCGAUAACAACAGACUGACACGCAUCAAAACCAACACAUUCAGUAACAUCAACUGCCGAUAUUUAAAAAUAAAUGAUAAUGACAUCACCGAGAUAGAAACUAACGCAUUUCACCAAAUCACAGUAUUGAAGGUGCCCGAUGGAGCUGAUUUGAAGACUUUUGACGUGAGUAACAACCCAAUUAGAAAGCUACAUCCAUAUGCUUUUAACAAUAUAACAGUUGGAAACAAAGCGGUUUUUACUAAUGUUAAACCCUUGAAAAUGAUAACCUCGCUUGCUUUCAACAAGUUUUCUGCUAAGAGUGUGGAUUUCACAGAUAAUGAAUUGGACAUGAUCGAAAUGAAAGGAUUCAAUGAUGUUAAAAUCUCCGAAGGUCUACGUUUCUGGGAUGUGGGUUUAAGGUGGAUUGACCGUAUGGCUGUGGUUGGUUCAGUAGGUAAACUGUUCUUUCAAAACAACCGAAUUGAGCGAAUCCCUGAGCGGGCAUUGUACCACGUUAAGGGUAAUUCUAAGCUGCAUCUCCAAAAUAACCUAAUCGAGGUUAUAGAGUCAAACGCUCUUCCGAACAGUAACGACGAGAUACUCUUACAGAACAACAGUAUCUCGCUACUGACUCAGAACAUGUUCGGGAACAACGAUAAAACCAAGCUGCUAUCUUUAAAAUCAAACAAGAUUCAUCGCUUGGAGUCGAACAUAUUCACCGAAAUGAUCCGUCUUGAUAGUUUGGAUUUGAGAGAAAACAGUCUUGAUGAAAUACCAAACGACAUGUUCAGCGGUCUUAAAGCCUUACAGACACUGGAUCUCAAAGAUAACGUAAUUCGUCACUUUGGAAGUCAGAGUGAGCUAUCUCAACUACAGAAGAUGAGCUUGGAAAAUAACCUUCUCUCAGGAAUGGACUCUACAAUUGUAGGACCCGGGACCCCAAUUAAAGCGCUCCAGUUGAAAAGUAACAGAUUGUCUUGUGGAUGUGGACUGUUUGAGGCUGUCAGUCCAAUACAGGAAUCAGUUCAAGACGCUGUCUGCAAAACCCCACUCCAUUUAAACGAUGUCAAGCUAAACUGGAAAGACAAAGCACACAGCAGAUACUUUACCAAGAUACCUGUUGAUAGUUUUGUUUGUGAACCUGUUGAUGUUAGCGUGGAGAAGAUUAACGACAUUUCUUUCAAGUUAUCUUGGAAGCCUCCAGACAGCAUGAGGUUUGAGGGGACGGAGAUGACUGACUACUGUUUCUACGACAAUUGCCCCUCCACCCAGAUAAGUUACGAUGCUCACUGUGAGAAUAUUGAUGGUGAUGUAGUGCUUGAAGAAGCAAGGUUAGCCUCUAAUUCGUAUGCAGUUCCACAUGACAUGAAACUUCCAUACUACUGUCACGUGACUCUCAAUCACCACACAGUUUCUGGUGUUAUUCCGAGCGCUUGGAGCCAAGUUGUAGGCUACAAGAAGGAUGUGCCCCAACCUGACGAUCUGGUUUGUAACGACGGUAAUAAUUGUUACCUACUAUCUGCUGAAUACUUCAAAAUGAGCCGCGAUGUUGGUCUUUUCAACAGCUACGGACCCGAUAAAAUGGUGAAUUCACCAACUUAUAGACGGAGCCUAAUGCUGAAUUAUCUGUACAAAGAAGAUCCACAAGAUCGAGAUGACAGCUUUGUGCCUUGGUACGGCCCAAUAGAUUCACAAAACGUGCGAACCAAGCAGACCCUGGUCCUCCCUAACAAAAUACCCAGUGGUUACAAACUGUCUGCUGAACGGUUCUACCCCAUCCCAGAUAGUUUCGAUCAGGCACCACGUGACUGUGACUACAACAUCAGACCACUUGGCUUCACCGGCAAGUUCUACUCCUCCCUCAUCAGAACAAACACUGAGGUUCUGAGACUGGGUUCCGUUGACGAGGGUUGGGUUUACUUGGGAGGCCAUCUCCUGGUGGAGUUGAUAAACCCUGAAGAUAACACUGAGGAUGUUUGUACUGAGAUUGUGCUGUUGGAGGAGCAUGCCAGGGUGUGGACUGGGAUCAUGGCUACUGGUGAAUGUCAGAUCGACAAAGGUACAGAUGAUGGAAAGCUCAUCGAAGUUGGGAGCUCCUCCAAACUGGAAAUCUUUAUCAGUCAACGCCAGGAGAAACCCAUCAAAGGUUUUAUCGCAACCUUUGACUUACAAAACCCAUUUACAACUGAGGAAUAUACUAUUGAGAUCCUCAACGACAACAGAUAUUUUCAUUUUGUUGAUGAUACAUUCGACUUUGCACCUGACAUCACAAAGAAAGCAGAGGUUGACCCUGGGUACAAUAUCCCAGCUUACGUUCCCUUUAAACCUGAAACACCACCUGUUCCUCUCCCCGAUAAAUCUCGCUUCACUGUCACAAAUCACAACGCUUUUCUAACCCUGGCCAAGGAACUGGAUUUCAGGUACAUUGAUCAGCUCUACAUUGCGUAUCGGAUAACUGGAACUCUGCCUGGUGGAUCUACUCUAACGUCUACUGGUGUGAUCCUGAUUAAGAUUACCGACUACAAUGAUAACUGGCCACUUCCAACGCAACCGGUCUACACUUGGGAUGGUAUGAUUGAUGCUCUGUCAACUAAACCACUGGAAAUAACAGCCACCGACGAAGACAAAGAGGAAAACGCAAAGCUGGAAUACUUCAUAGGAGAAAUCAUUCGCCCAGACGACGAAGAAGAAUACAAGAUGAAAGAAGACCUAUACUUGUACGAGAAAGUGAUGUUAGAAUACAAGAUAACAGUCCAUAUAAUCGACAAGGGGACCCCUCGUCUAGGAAGAACAACAACCGUUAAAGUAACAGUCAGCGCGUCCUGUGUCAUGACCCUUAGUUUUGAGAUAGACCAGGAGACGGGAGAGUUCUACGUAAAGGCACCGGGGAGAUCAUGCAGGCUGACGGUACUUACACGGUUUUUAAAGAAGAUCCUGAUUGUAGACGGAAUAAAACAGAGUUCUCGUUUGGUGGUGCCAGUGACUGUAGUGCGUGUAAGAAAGGUUGGAGAUGUGCUGAUGGGACUACUACACCAGUAUUGGACGAGACAAAGGAGGUUCUCAAACCAGACCAACUCCGAGAAGUGUGAGUGUUGUCCUGCAGGGUACGAGUCGUCUCACAAGAAGAUGAGGUGUGAGCCGUGCGCGUUUAACGAGAGGUCAGGGGGCUGUGAGAAGUGCGCGCCGUGCAGGAGCGCGGAGGAGUGUCCUUGUUUGAAGAGGAACCCUUGUUUUCUGGGGGUACAGUGUGUUAAUACACCCAGUGGAGGGGACAACUUCUCUUGUUUGACAUGCCCGUAUGGAACAGAGGGGGACGGCAAGAUGUGUGAGGAUAUUGACGAGUGUGAGGUAGAGGGAGCCUGUUUUAGGAAGUGUUUGAACAAAGGGGACGGGUACGAGUGUGAACCUUGUCCUGACGGUUAUACUGGUAGCACUCCAUCAGGUAUUGGAAAAGAGUACGCUGAAAAAAACAAACAGAACUGCACUGACGUGGAUGAGUGUCUUAAUGACAAUGGAAAGUGUGGUGACCAUGUCAUCUGCAUCAACAAAAUAGGAGCUGCUCCCGAGUGUGGUGAUUGUGGAGAGGGGUACGCUCUAGCUGGAACCAGCUCUGGGAUCAAAAUCUGCAAAAGAUCCAACCCUUGCGAAGAAGAGGACGCGUGUGCUGCAAAUGCUACUUGUACUUACAUCAGACCCCUGAAACAUGCUUGCUUCUGUAACAUCGGAUUCGCUGGUGAUGGUAGUAGGGGCGGACAGUGUGGGGUGGACAGUGACGCGGAUGGUUUCCCUGAUAACACCCUUAACUGUGCCGGACCACAUUGCAAGAAGGAUAACUGCCAUAGUAUUCCUAAUAUUUCCCAGAAAGAUGAGGACCGGGAUAACAUUGGGGAUGCAUGUGACCCGGAUAUAGACGAAGACGGACUACCCAACAGUCAGGAUCUGUGUCCUUAUCUGAACAUUACCACUUACCAAGAUAAGGACGCGGACGGGGUGGGAGAUCUGUGCGAUAAUUGCCCUGACCAAUAUAAUCCUAGUCAACUGAACGCUGACCGUGACGAGUGGGGUGACAAGUGUGACGAUGACAAGGAUAAUGACGGGUUUAAGGACGAGAGAGACAAUUGUGAUUACAUCGCUAACGACCCGUCCAAGGAUAAAGACAGAGACGGGGUUGGGGACAAGUGUGACAAUUGUUGGGAGCGAAAUAGGAACCCCGGACAAGAGGACGAUGACUGGAAUGGUGUAGGUGAUAUUUGUGAUAAGGGUGUUGAUUUUGAUGGUGAUGGUAUUGUUGAUGAUUUUGAUUUGUGCCCCGAAUUUAGCGACGCCUCUCAGAACAACCGAGAUGUGGAUUACUCGAGAGUAGAAGCUAGUUACAGACGAAGGGCUGGUGACAUUUGUGAUAACGAUAUAGAUGAUGACGGCUUAGCAAACGAUGAGGAUCCUUGUCCUUACUUUCAAGGAGAUGAGAGUAUUUGCAAAGAUGCACUGACUGGUCCUGAUGCAGAUGGAGACGGCACUCCCGACUACUUAGACACAUCGCCCUGGAAUGAGAAAAUCGGCCAAAACGUUGACUUUUUCUCGAUGAGGGCGCCCUGGAAAUCAUUCGUAUUUGACGGGAUAAAGCGAGACGAGUCCGACUUUGCCUGGAAGUACGAUGACAAAAACGCUAGUUUCUCAAACGAGUUCCAUCAGCUCGAAGAGUUUUCAGCUCCGUUUGUGGGAAUAACAUCGAACAGAUCGGAUGAUGUAGAUAUUUUCGGGACUUGGUUUGUCGAGGGUGAUUCACCUGGCAACUACAUCGGAAUUGUGUUCGGAUUCCAAAGUGCUAGAAAAUUCUUCUUGGUCGAGUGGAGACAGGACCAUAAAGCUUAUCUGAAUGCAGGAGGUUUGCGGGGUCUACACAUUAAAGCUAUACACACUAGCAAAGAUGUGUUAGCAUUUGGUGAGAAAUAUACUGAAAUGUUAUGGAAUACAGGGUCCCAGGAUUCACAGAGUUCAUUGCUGUGGUAUGACAGAAACAAGAUACCAUGGCAAUUUAACCAGGCAUACAGAUGGUACUUAAAACACAGGCCUAGCGUAAGUAUGUUUGAACUGUGGGUGUACGAAGCUGACGAGGUUAUCAUUCAUACUGGACCUAUACACUACAACCGAAUAUUUGGCGGGAGCAUCGGGGUUUACGCCUUCAACCAGCCCAAAACCUACUGGUCCAAUAUCAAGUAUCAGGCUAAACCCAGAGCAAACGGGGCACUCAGUCUCAGUUCAGAACCUUCGAUAAUCCCACUUAAUUUCACCCUGCCCACCACCCCAACCUCCCUGCUGAUCAGUAUCUGGUUCACCCUGGAUCAGUCUGUUGCGAAACUACAGGACAACGGUCCAAACUGUCAAGCUACCGUUCUCUGCUCUGAUAAAAAGAACAUCUGUUUUAGGCUCGCGUUCGAUUCUACGAUUUCUUCUAGAGACAGAGAAUACCAACUUUUCUUUAGGUUUGGAAAGAAAGAUAAAACUUUCACACCACGUGUUGAGAUUAAAGGAUGGACGUAUCCUUGGUACGCGUUAGAGAUUCGUGCUAAAACGAAAUUGAUUACAAUUUAUUAUGGGUCAACUUGGUUAUAGAGUACAUACUACCAAGUCACACAGUCCGUUUCUAUGUAAAUGGUGAUCAAGAAGCUCAGAUUGAGAAUGUUGAACCUCCUGACUUUUUAGAAGAUAUCCUGUAUCUGGGAGAUAAAGAACUCUCCUCGCCAGUCAAAAUAGAUGAAGUACGGAUAGUGAAAGGAAGACUGGAGACUCCACAAGAACUGGGGACCUUCAUCAGUGAUCCGAAACUAGAGAAAUAUAAGGCUCAAGAGAGGUUGCUACUUUGGUACGAUAUGAACGAACCGACUACUUCAGAUACGCUGUUUGAUAGAAGUGGGAAUAAUCACCACACAAAGCUAGAUAAUCCCUCCAUACGGCGGUCUUCAAGAUCAGAGAGCUUUCUUUACAACUUACAGUACAACAACCUGAGCCAGCGCCGCGCUACCCAUCAUAGUGCUACACUUGGUAAAGCAGCGUCUGGGGACCUAGCUGAGAAUCAAGGUUCUAACUACCAAUCUGAAUCUGCCACUGAGUUGUUUUCGACUGGUUCAGGGAAUUUAACGGGUGGUGUUAGAAAGCGGAGGAAGAGACGAAAUGCAAGUAUGCACAAUGAACUAUGAGAAUAUAGCAUGAACAAGGUGUUCUGAACAUUGACGGAAUAGUUAGAGUAGUUUUAGUUCUGUGAUGAGGUGACUUUUUAUGGUCGUCCGUUAUAGUUAUUUAGUUUUAGCUGGUGUUGCAUCAUAAAUAACGCGUGAAAAAAGUCAAGAUGUUGUUAAUAAUUUUGAAUGUUAAGGUUCUAGCGACAAUGACUAAGAAUUCAACAUUGUUUCUUACUUAUUUGAUUUUCAGAUUAUUUGACUGUAGACAUUUUAGAUUUAUUAAAUUUCAAAAUUAUUUAAUUUUUAA